AUGGUGAGAGAGGUAGGUCUAUCCUACCUCGAACAGCGAGCGCAGGCAGCACACAAAUGGGUCAUUCCCUAUCUAUGGGGAGAUGACGUUACCACCCGGUGCACGCCAGAUGCCCUCCAAUCUCUGAUCAAUGAGAAGAUUGAGGAAACACCUCAAGCUGAUCACUCAAAGGUCAUCAUCGCCUUGAUGACGGCUAAUUCCCAAGAAGAGUUUGAUGCAAGCUUGGCAGACAGCGAUCUAUCGCGCGAGGGCCGGAUGCACUUGACGAGAAUUGAGCAAGACCCUAACAAGAGGCAAGCCGCUCUAGCGAAAGUGCCUCAACCUGAAGGAUCACUAUCAGAACCUUCAGUGCCUUUUGCUUCCAGCGGAAGGUAA